AUGAAAAACGAAGCUUACAUGAGAAGCCUAAUAAAAAAAAAGGGAAAUGAGAUCUAUUCAUCCCAUCACAUAUCCAGUAAAGAUACUUCGUCUACUAUUAUAUUGGCCUGCUAUCUUUGUAAUAAGAGUGGAUUCAGUAAUAAAACGAAAUUUAGAAGGUAUCUGAAAACUAAGCAUUUUAUCGAUUUUCCCUCAUUGAAAUCUGGUAGACCCGCUGUUCAUACCACUGGCCAAAAAUCAGCAUUAACAGAAUAUAAGAAGACAGAAGUAAAUCGUGAGACACAGGCACAAAUGCUAUUUCGUAUUGAAUCUAUUCCUUUGGAACGAAGUUUUUAUGAUAUGUAUUCUGAGGAAAAGCUUUGCACCAACUAUUCUUUUGAGAGUCUUCAUGAUAUACACAAUAUACUGGCAAUGUCUUCUUACGUCAAGCUAUUGCAAAAGCGAAAAUAUGUCGAACUAUCAGCUGAAUACUCUGAUUUACUCAACUAUGAUUGGACCUUUUACCCUCAUAUGAAAUACUUUAUUGCUCAGUUAUUGGCUGGAUCCAUUAUCAACAAUGCGAUCAACAAUGAAACUAUUAUGGUCAACACCAUUGAAGUUUAUGGUAGGAAGAAAAGUGUCGACAUACAUCGAGAACCAUUUAGAAACAAAAAGCACAACGCCAUCCCUACUUCAUUACCACCCCCAUGCAAGACUAGUUACUCUGACGUAUAUCCUACAACCCUAAAUAGCAAAGAUGGACCUACGCUGGUUAUCGGCACACAGACAUUCAAUGCUCUUGUCACUCCUUCUAUUCGAUUAGACCAAAUGACAAAACCAAGCGUGGGUGGCGUAACAACAAGUUUUCAGCUGAUCGGAGUUGACCCUUUGUUAACAAACAUUUACUUGGAUAAAGACUCUGUCGAAAAAGCAAAAAGUCUAGCUGAAACCAUCAACGCGACACCAGUCAGCAACAUUAAUAUCAUGAAUCAACUUCAACAGUUAAGCACAAAGUUCGACGAACCAUCAUCAUACUAUCUAUGUCGAGCUUCUGGACCCAUCACCAAGUCAUGCCAGUGCUACCCUUAUUUAAUCUACACUCUCUAUGAUUUCGAUCGUGGAAGAAAUCCAGGGUCCAACAUAUUUGCUAACAUUGGGACAUCUGUCCUCAAAAACGGAGAUAAAGCUUCACUGAAAAAAAUUCUAGUAGAUGAAUGCAUAUCAGGUACUGUUGGGAAAGCAAAAAGUCUUUUGAUUGACAUUAAUGCUCUCUUUGUGGAUGGGGGUAUUGGAGAUUCCAAUUUUGGGAAAUCAAAAACUGAAUAA